GUUUCCUAGGAUAUUCUAUGUUGGAGAGUUUACUGUGUUUAAAUUAUUCUAGAUGUUUGACUUGACCAAUUUUAUCAUAAUAAGGUCUUGAAUUGCAGGGGGUUUUGGCGAAAAAUUGAUUUGAAUAGGUCGUGAUCUCAAGGAUUGAUUGGGAGAAAUUUUUCAGGGAUUUUUUUCCGAGAAUACACGGUGGAGAAUUGUGGAGCUUGAAAAUCAUUUGUUGAUAUGGCUGAUGGGACUGAGAUAAUUCCGAGGGAUGAUCCCGUGGAUGAGAAAUAUCGAGUUUAUGCCAGUAUUUCCUUUGCAUUGUUACUGUUGGGUAUUGGAAUACCUCUUUGGUGGCAUACGACGGCAGUUCUUCGAGUGGCUCUUCCGUAUUCAGGAAUCGCAGACUUGUCCAACCGCGACAUAAAAAUCCUUUGCAAAAUUACCAUUGCGUCAAUUUCAAAGAGCCAUGCCGAAUUACUCGCAGAGGAAAUUUCACGGAAAUUUGAAAAUUGCGAAUUGCACAAAAUUUAUAUCAUUAAAAAAGUGAUAUCAAGUGGCCUUACCAACUCUGCAUUUACGCUACAUGAUCAUGAGACAAUUGCCAGAGAUUUCAACGUUGGAGAGGGAGAGCUUUUAUUAUUAGAGGCACCGAAUUUGGGUGAAGUGCUUGUUGGUACUAAUCGAAGUGUCUUUUUUCCUUCGGAAACCAGUGGUUUGAAAUUGGCCCAAAUAAUGUCUCAAUGGCUUUUGAAAGACAAAUCUCUAGCAGUAACGCGAAAUGCGUUGACCGAUCCAACGAAAUACCGUUUGGAUGACGAGAAUCAUCGGAGAUUUCCAGCUAGCCCAACUUAUGAUGUUCUUCUCACCGUCAUAAACCCAGAGCCUGAGAAACUGAAUGUCAACUGGGAUCUUCCUGCAAUUGUAGAAGAUUACUUGGAGCUUUUUUUGGAUCACGUAGCUGCAGUAGCUAAUUUUUCAGUCAAAUCUCAAUGGCUGUACUUGAUGCCACUUGACGUCAGACCGAGACAAGUACCUGACAGCAGUCAUUUGGGUCGACAUUAUGCCUUAUCAGAAGAUGUCCUACCUCAAUUAAUAACUCCAUUAGAAAAAAAAAUCGAGGAGAUCGGCGGGAGGGCGGUAUGGACCCACAUACCUCAAGAGCUCAGUGGAUCCGGGCUCUGAGGUGCGAGGCUAGACGGAUGUAGGCCGAGAGGAGUGGGAGUGCGGCCCGCAGCCGCCGG